UAUGGCAUCAAGUGACCGGCUGCAGCUCCCAAGUGGGUUUCAGGCUCCUUAGCACACCGUGUCUGUCAGGUUCAAUCCCCCCAUGAGCCAAGGAGGCGGGCCGUGGCGUGGGCCACAAAGGACCCAGCGAGGACACGUGCGGGACCAAACCUCCGCAGCCUCCAGCGCAGCUCAGGAGCCCAUGACUGACCUGUGAUGACAGUCACAUACACCAACCGCGUGGCUGACGCCCGCCUAGGCACCUUCUCACAGCUCCUGCUCCAAUGGAAGGGAAGUAUCUACAAACUUCUCUACUCCGAGUUCCUGAUUUUCAUCUCUCUCUACUUCACCAUCAGUCUUGUCUACAGGCUGAUCCUGAGCGAGAGCCAACGGCUGAUGUUUGAGAAGCUGGCGCUCUACUGCAACAGCUAUGCUGAGCUAAUCCCUGUGUCCUUCGUGCUGGGUUUCUACGUGGCUCUGGUGGUGUCUCGCUGGUGGGCUCAGUACGAGAGCAUCCCGUGGCCUGACCGGAUCAUGAACUUGGUUUCCUGCAAUGUGGAUGGGGAGGACGAGUACGGGCGGCUCCUGCGUCGCACUCUCAUGCGCUACAGCAACCUGUGCAGCGUGCUGAUCCUGCGCUCAGUCAGCACUGCUGUCUACAAGCGCUUCCCCAGCAUGGAGCAUGUCGUGAGGGCAGGUCUCAUGACACCAGAAGAGCACAAGAAGUUUGAGAGCUUGAAUUCCCCCCACAACAAGUUUUGGAUCCCAUGUGUGUGGUUCUCCAAUCUGGCUGUGAAGGCAAGGAAUGAGGGGAGGAUCCGUGACAGCGUGCUGCUCCAAGGCAUCCUGAAUGAGCUCAACACCUUGCGCAGCCAGUGCGGGCGACUCUACGGGUACGACUGGAUCAGCAUCCCCCUGGUCUACACUCAGGUGGUGACCGUGGCUGUUUACAGCUUCUUCCUGGCCUGUCUGAUUGGGCGGCAGUUCCUGGAUCCAGAAAAAGCAUACCCUGGCCACGAGCUAGAUCUCUUCGUGCCUGUCUUUACAUUUUUGCAGUUCUUCUUCUACGCUGGCUGGUUAAAGGUGGCUGAGCAACUCAUCAACCCUUUUGGGGAGGAUGAUGAUGACUUUGAAACCAACUGGCUCAUCGACAGGAACCUGCAGGUCUCCCUUAUGGCAGUGGAUGAGAUGCAUCAGGAUUUACCCAUUCUGGAGAAGGACCUUUACUGGAAUGAACCUGACCCCCAGCCACCCUACACCGCAGCCACCGCCGAGUACAAGCGCCCGUCAUUCCUUGGCUCGACUUUUGAUAUCAGCAUGCAGAAAGAAGAGAUGGAGUUCCAGCCCCUGGAGCAAAUUAAAGAGAACGAGGAGGCCAACCACUCCACACCGUUACUGGGUCACCUAGGCCGCCUCCUCGGCGUCCAGUCACCAAACUUUUCCAGGUCCUCUUCCCGGAUGAACCUGCUGCGCAGGCGAGGAGACCCCACAUCUCCCUUCUCCCAUUACAUGUACCAAGACAUGGGCAAGUCCGGAAGCCCUUGCAGCAUCAACCAGCCAAGAGGAGACUCCAGCUCACAGGAACAAUGGGACAAUGAAGAUGGAAAACUAAGGGAGUUUGAUGCCUUCAUGUCAACCCCAUUUUAUGAGAGACCUGGUUUCUACAGUGCUCCACAGACACCCAUCAGCUCUAUCCCCAUGAUUUUCCCCUCUAGACGCCAAGGCCGCAAGAAGCCUCCUGCACUCUCCAGCAUCGCCGCGUGCUCGACUUCUCUUCGGGAUGUCAUUGUCAACUCCUCACCUUCCAAAGUCAGUGAUACAUAUAAGAGCCAGAGCUCCCUUGGCUCAGGUGCAAAGGAAACAUUUAUUUGGCCAACAGAUCGGGGCAAAGGUCCUGAUGCACUCGUAACUGUAGAAGAAAAGAGCAACUCUAAUAGUAAAAGCAGAGAAGCUGUCGCCACAGGAAGUCCAGGAACUCAGUCAGCAGCAUCAGACAGCCCUAAAUUUCCCUUGUUAGCAGAAUCCCCAGACCACGAGGCACAGGGUAGCUUCAAGAAUCUGAAGAGCUUAAAAGCUUCCCACCCACCCUGGCUAACCCUGGAGAACACAGCAUCAGCCACUCCCAAUUCUGAGAAUUCAAGUGCCUUUCACACCCCCAGUAACAAAACCCCUGGAGGCAGUGCCUCCCUCUGCUUCUCCUUCACUCCUGUAACAUCUCCAGUGCUGGAGAGAUCCCACCUGGGGAACGUGGGCCCAGACACUCGCAGCCUAAGUUUAGAAGAUGCAGCCAGCGCUCCGGACCAGCAACCAGCAGAGGUUUCCAGGAACAUGAGAGAUACUGGAAAUGGAAGCACUGCUACUCCCCCUACAAAAGAGCCAAGAAGAGCAGAGAGUCCAUCCCCCAAUGACUCUGGCAUCUCUCUAGCUGAAGGUGACUAUGUGGGGCUAAUGGAGGUGAUCACAGAGAGCAGCGAAAGCACUUGUGAAGAGCAGAUAGAUCAGUACAGCUAGAGACUGAGGGGCACACGCAGUUCUGUGGCGCUACCUGCUGUAUUAGUGAUAUCGUGGUAUCUUUACACCUGGCCACACCGGCACUCGCCCAGAGACAGGCAGGGCAGCCAAACCACCUACUGCUGGAACACACAGCUAGAGCCCAGCCUAGGCUAAAACCAGAACUAAGGACACACUGCUACUGGCCUCGGGUACAGCAGCAGGCACAACUUCAGUGUUACAAUAACAAAAUAAACCAAGCCCCUCUCCAUUUCUAGCAAAAGAACAACUAAGGCUUUGAGGGUUAAGCAGUAGCUCAGUAGGUACCAGCCUGGAGCACAGGUACAGCCCAAACCCAAGGAGAACUAGUUAAUAAAAGGAUUCCUGCCCCCUCCUCAUCACAGCAAGAAACAGAACUUGGGCUUUAUGUUAACAUUUGUCACAAGACUCAUGACAAGUCUCAGGCAGGACUUGGCACUACUGACAAGAUACUGCAGGGAAACUAAGGGACAGAAGGAAGUCUCAUCAUUUCUGAUGCAGACCCACAGUGCUUCUCAAAGUCACACCCAGCUCAUGUUUUCCAGCACUGGAAAAGGAAUGGGGUAAGGCAGGGCAAGUGCCUACACCAGUACAGAAUGCUGCAGCCAGUGGUCUCUGCCCAGCACAUUGCUUCCUUGUGAAAUUCCACAGCACAUCUGCCACUGGUUUGUGGCAGUGCUCAGAGAAGUCAUCUGGAUGACAGCAGACACCACACAGCUCUGAGUUUUUACUGUCUUCCCUAAGAAAAUAAAAGCAAGGCUGAAGGCCUCCGUUUCAUUUCCUCAUUUGUUUCCAUGCAACAGGAAUUUAGAGAAACUGUUUUCCUACUUCUGCCUUCAAAAACAGCUGCAAAUCUCAUAUGACAGGGGACACAUGACAAAUUUACCUCCCACACCCCUUCUGAUGCCUUCACAACAGCUGCCUCCCUCUCCACCUACCCAGUACCACUCCUAGACUUGGGCAGAAGUCACCCACACCCGCUACAACUCCCAGUUCUGGUCCUUGAGACAAGUUCCUGCAGCACUGCUGUUUCAGUCCAGCCUGAUUUCUCUCCAUGCACAAGUGUAGUGCUAUUUGUUAGAUAAGGAUGAUGUUUAGCAAGGCAUGAACCCCCCCACUUCAAGAGCCUCAUCUAAAUUCACAGGGACCACUUCAGGAAGCCCAGACACUCAAGUCUUCCUUUCCUUACAUGUUCCUGACAACACCUUCAGUGUCAAAGGCAUUUAAAACACAACUUUAGUCAGCAAGCAAUUCCUGCAGUAGAUGCCACUGAACUGGAAAAAAAAAUAUUGUAAAAACACCCAAGUAGAACCUGAUCCCUCUAGUAUAUUCCUUCAUCCAACUUAAGAUGACUGUCACAACAGAGACUAUGGACCGCAAUCCUGCAAGCACAGGCCUCUCGCUCCUGAGAGAAACAAUAAAAAGCCAACUUGAACUAAGUCACUUUAUUGGAUGGAGGGCAAUACACAAAAAACACAAGAGAAAAGAAGGGUGAUAUUUGGUACAGAGUGAGAACUGUUUAUCUAGAUAGCUGAAGAUGCAUGCAUGGCUGGACAG